AACAACAAGGCAGUGGGUCUCAAGAGCAGCAUCUCCCCCUCCUCCAUGACCUCUCUUCCUCCCAGUAAACGUUCAAACAGAACGACCCUCACCCCAAUUCCUCCGCAAUGUCUCCACCCGAGCCCGUACGCCGCCCAACCUACCCUCUCGCACAUGCCUUCCGCCGCAAACCACGACGCCUGCCGCUGGUCCUGCGCUUCGCAAAAGGCGCAGUUCACGACAUCAUCCUCGUCCCCGUGCUCCUGCACUCGCUCUUCACCGUGCUGAUUGUCUACAUCGACACGCGCUAUGUGGACAGCAUCUCCAUUCCCGCCACCAUCAUCCCCUCGCUCUCCAUCGUCGUAGGACUGAUGCUUGUAUUCCGCAACAGCACAAGCUACGAUCGUUUCUGGACGGGGCGAAACUGCCUGACGACCAUCGGUACCAGCGUGCGCAACCUGGCGCGAAUAUCUCUCGUGAACUCGCGGGGGAAAGAUGGGGAGACUACCAUGGCGGAGAGGAGGGACACAGAGAGGAUUGUGCGCGUGCUGAUCGCCGUGCUGUACGCGAUCAAGCAUAAUUUGCGUGCAGAGUUCAAUAUCCCGCCUGCGAGUCUGGCGUCGUUGCCGCCCCAGCCCAAUCCGUAUGCGAGAUCGACGCCUGUGUCCAGGAGACCGAGUUAUGUCGACCACACGGUGUCUUCGCCCGCCACGCCUUCGAUGAACACACCGCUGCUAUCUCGAUCCGGGUCCACGCUGCACAAUGGCGACGACACAAUCCCCACUAAGAAAGACGAGUACGUGUCCCUGCUGCCAGAGGGCUUGAUGGGGUAUGAAGACCAGGGACUAGGUCUGCCGCUGCAGUUAACGAUACUGGUCGAGGGCUACUUGCGACGAGGCUACGACCGCGGCUGGUUCCACGGCCCCCUCGCGUCGCAAAUGACUGUGCAGCUCAACUCGCUCGUCGACGCGUACGGCCGCAUGGAGACGAUUCGCUCCACGCCCCUGCCUAUCGCGCACCUCAUCCACCAGAAGCAAGUUCUCGCGCUUUUUACGUGCGUGCUGCCGUUUGCGAUUGUGGACGAUUAUCGGUGGUGGAGUGUCCUGGUUGUGGCCAUUGUUGCAUUUACGCUGUACGGUAUAGAAGGUAUUGGUGUCCAGCUCGAAGACCCCUUCGGCUACGAUAAGAAUGACAUCAAAAUGGACGGCAUCAUUGAAGACACGCGGCAGGAGGUCAUGGUGUUGCUUGAAGAGUGGAAAGCGAAUCAUGAAGGGAGGGCCAUGGGUGGCAUGUUCGACUGA